AUGAAAAGAAUGCAUUUUUUGAAAAAAAUAAAAUAUGAAAUAAUUCCAAAUAUAAAAAAUAAUAAUAAGAGCCACUACUUUUAUAGCACAGUGAAAAGGCGUUUUGGAGAAUUAUAUCAACCAAAAACACGAUAUGAAAAAAAAAAACAUUUAGAAAUUAUUAACGAGGUUUAUUUUGAUAUGACUGAUGCUAUGAAUGAAAAAAAUAAAUUAGAAAUAGAAGAAUAUAAAAAUAUUGAUAAAAAUAUUUCUGAAAUUAUAUUAAAUCAUACUAUAUCGAAAAAAAAUGAAGUCAUUCGAAACAUUAUGAAAUAUUGUAUAGAAAUUAGUUGUAGGGAGAAAAAAGGAAACCAUGAAAAAUCAACGCACACUAACCAUAAUAAUAGUAACAGACUAAAUGAUGCAAUAAAAUAUCCUAGCGGUAUAAAUAAAAAACAUGAACUUGAAGAAGAUAUUUUAAAUGUUAUAAAAACUAGUAUAAUGGAAUAUAGUAGUCAAUUUAAUUCAUGUGAUAUAGGAAUUUUACUAAAAUGUUUUAUUAAAAUUAAGGUUGAUGAUAUAAAUCUUAUCAAUACUUUAUUUCAUUACUUUUUUAAAAGAAAUAUGAAAUUCUCACAGUAUGGUUCAUUGUAUGUAUUAAAUGCAUUUGCAAAAUUUAAUUUAUUACCAAAGCACGAAAAUUAUUUUAAAUUGUUAACAUCACAUAUAUUACAAAAACUGGACAAAUUUGACUUUAAAAAUAUUCCUUUAAUAUGUAAUUAUUCUUCUUCUUUAUAUUCAUAUGACAAAGAAUACAUAACCAACUUUAUUGAGCAAAUUUGCAAUUUUUUAAUAUCAAAUAAAUAUAUUAUUAUAUGUGAGGAUAAUAAUAAAAUAUUUCUUCAUACAGAUCAAAUCGAAUCAAACAAUAUAACUCCCAACCUUAACAAUUCUAAUUCUAGCAUAAAUCAACUUGACCAAAUUUGGUCUGUCGAUUCAAUACACUACGUUACGAAUGCACUAGCAAGAGUUAAUUAUUUAAAAAAAAAUUUAUUUGUUUUUUUCAAAAUUUUAAUAGAAAAAAAAGUAGCUUUUUUUUCAAUAGAUCAAUUAGUGUCUCUAACCAAUGCAUUUAGUAAAUUUAAAAAUGCAGAAGAAUCAAAUUUUUUGUCUUUAUAUUUAUUAAUAGCUGAUCAAAUUAUAAAUAAAUCAUAUCUACUUAAGCCUAGACACUUAAGCGUUUUAGCUAAUUCAUUUAAUAACGCAUGCAUACUACACCAAAAACUUUUUCAAAUUAUAUCAGAAAACAGUUUAGCGCAAAUCAGUUUAUUUGAACCCAAACAAAUAAUUAUGAUUAUACAUUCUUAUGUAAAUAUAGGACUAGGAAAUAAUAUACUACUUAAAUCUAUUUGGAACUAUGCAAUAUUAUUUAUAAAUGAAUAUACAAUACAAGAACUAUCUAUGCUAUUACAGGCAUAUACUAAAAGCUCGCAAUAUAUUGAGCAUUUUCUAAAUCAAUUAAGUCAACAAAUUUCUCACUUCUUUAAAAAAACUUAUCCAUUUUUAUUUGACACAUACGACAAUAUACUAUAUGAUCAUCAAAAAUAUAUUAAUUUAUCUAUAGAAUUUAAAAAUAAUCAAAAAAAUAUUUCUGCAAACAUAACCGACAAAUAUAUUCCUUUAUCUUUUUAUUUAAUAUAUAAUUACCCCAAUUAUAUUAGUUUUAUAGACACGUUAAAAAAUAAUAAAACAAAAAAAAACCUUAGCGAUAUUAACACACUCGUAGAUGAAUAUAAAAGGGAUAGUUCUCCCAAAACCGAUAAUUUAGUAACUGAUCUCAAACAAAAUACUGAAAUAAAAAAUAUCAGUACCUUCCAAAAUUCACAAUGCACCUUUAACUCAUUUCAAACAUAUUCUGAGACUAUUGAUAAUGUUCAAAUUAAUAACACCAAUAUAAAAGAUAAACAUAUUAAUAAAAACAAUGAUAAGACUACUUAUUCAAACGAAAUAGAUACAAUUCACUAUUUUGUAGACAUUGAAAAAGCUGAAAAAUAUUUAAUUAAGCAUAUGAGUAAAUAUAUAAAUUCAACUUUAGUUUGUUCAAUAAUAUAUUCACUAAUUAAAGGUAAUUGCUUAUUAGAAUAUCAACUACUAAUUUCUUUAUCUAAAUUAGCGAUUAUUUAUUUGAAAAUUUUUAAAUUUUCGGAACUUGCCAAUGUAUGUUCUGCAUUAUCACUUGCUUAUGUUCGUUCAUCAGAAGAAAAUAAUAAGCAAGUUGAAUUGAUAUCACAAUUUACAAAAAAAAAAAAUGGUAGCAUUUUAGAGGAUUCACAUAAAGAGGAUUUACAUACUGAUACCACACAAAUCUACAAUGAUCAAAUUUAUAAUUCAUCUAAAGAAUUUUUAAAUAUUUCAAAAUCAUUUUUUGAUCAUGUUGAAACUUAUUUAUUAAAAAAAAAAAAUACAUUCACAGAUGUUUAUAGUAUAUAUAAAUUUAUAACAUCGUUCGGAGAAUUAAGGAUGAAUCAAUAUUCUACUGUAUCACUACAUUUGUUUAAGUUAUAUAUAAUGGAGAUUAAAAAUUUAUCAUAUUUGCCUCUUCAAAAAAUCACGGACUCUUUUAUGCAAAUGAAUGUCUAUAACGAAGAUAUUUAUGCAUUCAUAAAAAAAAUACAAAAAAUGAAGAAAAAAAAUGAAACAAAAACCUCCCCCUAA